AUUGAAAAUGGCAGCCUCCAUAAAAAAAUAAGUGCGCGUUAAAAACUACGAGUUUUGCUCUGUCUUGCAGUCUAUUCAUUAUGAAUGCAAUUCGUUCAUGUCCCAUACACCGGUUACUUCAAAACAGGCACAUAACGAAUAGAUGCUUACAUAUUCUCAAGAAGAAGAGAGGUAUAUAUCUAAAUGAUGUUCUCCAUGGAAGAGUCUUCAGCACUUCAUUUGCUCUGGCAAAUAAGCAGAAGAUAGCAGACUUUGAUUUGUCCGAAUUUCCGCCAGAACGUAUCAGAAAUUUCAGUAUUAUAGCUCAUGUUGAUCAUGGGAAGAGCACACUAGCUGACAGACUGCUAGAAACUACAGGUGUGAUAUCAGUGUCAAGUAAGAACCAGCAGGUACUGGACAGGUUACAGGUGGAAAAGGAGAGAGGGAUAACUGUAAAAGCACAAACUGCUUCAUUGUUCUACACACACCAGGGAACCAGAUACCUCCUCAACCUCAUUGAUACACCUGGUCAUGUUGAUUUCAACUAUGAAGUGUCAAGGUCGCUGUCAGCUUGCCAGGGAGUCAUUUUAUUGGUGGAUGCAAACCAGGGUGUGCAAGCUCAAACAGUGGCCAACUUUUUCCUAGCAUUUGAUAGAGAUUUACCUGUGAUACCUGUACUCAACAAGAUAGAUCUUAAAGGUGCCCAGCCUGAUGUAGUCAUGCAGCAGCUCAAUAAACUCUUCGAUAUUCAACCUGAAGAAGUUUUACAGGUUUCAGCAAAGCUGGGUACUGGGAUCAAUGAAGUUUUGCAGGCAAUUGUUGAAAGAAUUCCAGCACCUGUGGCAGAUGUACAGAACCCUUUAAAAUGUUUGAUGUUUGAUUCCUGGUACACUCAGUAUAGAGGUGCUGUAGCUAGUAUAGCUGUCCUAGAUGGAGUGGUAAGGAAAGGUGAUAAGAUAAUGACACAUCAUAAGAAGAAAGUACAUGAAGUACAAGAGAUUGGUAUAAUGUAUCCUACAGAAUAUCCCACUGAUGUCCUAUAUGCAGGACAGGUGGGGUAUAUAAUAGCAAACAUGAAGAAUAUUAAGGAUGCAAUGGUAGGAGAAACAAUAUAUCACCAGAACCAGCCUACACAACCUAUGCCAGGCUUUAAACCGGCUAAACCAAUGGUGUUUGCUGGUAUAUUCCCUGCUGACUCAUCUCAGCAUACAGCUCUCAAGACAGCCAUAGAAAAACUUACACUUAAUGAUUCCAGUGUAGAUAUACAUGUAGAUAGCAGUGCUGUAUUAGGCCAGGGCUGGAGACUUGGAUUUCUAGGUUUACUACAUAUGGAUGUAUUUAUUACUAGACUAGAUCAGGAAUUUAAUGCCUCUGUGAUAGUCACAGCUCCUAAUGUUCCGUACAAAGUGACAAUAAUAGGUGCAAAGAAUAUAAAACAGUAUGGUGGGGAAACAGUGACAAUAUUAAACCCUUGCAAGUUACCUCCAGUUGGAAUUAUCACCGAGUACAAGGAGCCAAUGGUUAAAGGUACAGUCAUAGCCCCAGCAGAGUAUAUAGGAGACAUUGUCAACAUAAUUAUGGAGAGAAGGGGAACUUAUCCAGAGCAGACGUAUUUAGAUGAAAGUAGGAUGAUGUUUACAUCUGUCUUACCACUUAAUGAAAUACUUGUCGAUUUCUUCGAUGAACUCAAAUCUCUGUCAUCAGGAUAUGCAAGUUUUGAUUAUGAAGACGCUGAUUUUCAAACAUCGGAUUUAGUGAAAGUAAACUAUAUGUUAAAUGGGAAGGAAGUUGAUGAACUGACAAUGUUAUUACAUAAAUCACGUGCUAGAGAUAUUGCUAAAAAAGUUUGUGAGAAACUGCAGACAAAUAUUCCAAGACAAAGCUUUCUGAUAACAAUACAGGCUGCAGUCGGCAAAACUAUACUUGCUAGAGAGGAUAUUAAACCUUUCAGAAAAGAUGUUACUGCUAAAUGUUAUGGUGGUGACGUAAGCAGAAAGACAAAAUUACUGAAACAACAAGCAGAAGGAAAAAAGAAAAUGAGGUUGAUAGGUCGCAUUGAAGUACCUAGAGACGCUUUUAUAAAUAUACUGAAGAAAUAAAUUGUGAUAUUCUGUUCCAGUUUUUAUUUAUUUUGUUCAUGAAUAAAACAUACUUAAAACUUCA